CGGUGUUUAUUGUUUCUAAUUGGGGAAUUUAACGGUUAACUUAUCUGCAUUAUUCAAUACCCUCUUUAUCUGGCAGCCUUUUAACCUUUUCUUUUAUAAAGCCGCUAAAGUCGCUAAACAAAAUUGUGUCGAAGAGUUUGCAUUCGAAUUAGCCGAUGCUGGAGUAGAGAUGGACACUUUCCGACUCGACAGUGACUCGGUGGGCAGCGUAAAAUGCGAGAAAAAGUUGUAUUCCCAUGUCUGCACUAUUGAUGACUUCAGUUUAGUAUUGCACACUGUAGGUGAGGUCACAUCAGCCUCGUUCCCCGAUGAGGACUCCUCUUUUCAAUGGUACUUCCAACUACUUUAUGACGCUUCCAAAGAGAUGUUGUCGGUUUAUGUAGUACCGCUUGAAGAGUCCAAGUCGGUUUGCUCAGUUCAUAAGCACGGAGAAGACAGUCACUCUCCUACUAAGAAAUGCGACAGUGCACUGCCACGUGUAUUUUAUAGAAUGACUUUUUCGUAUCGCAGCCAGGAUGGCAAAAUUGCUUGGACCAGAAGCGUCGAUUCACAAGCUUGGAUGUGCAUCUCCAGUUUUUCUUGGAAUAUCACCAAGGUUCAACUAUUACCUUUUACGGUCGAUAGUAACUCCGAUGCCAUUACGGUCAAAUGUGAAUUUUGCCUGUUAACAAACAUAAUUUCUGAUUGCAAAGAAAGAAGGUCCGAUUGGGAUGAUUUAAAGGUCGAUAAAAGUCCUUUCAUGUACUUGUGGACGAGUGGACAGUUCAGUGACGUUGUAUUAAAGGUCUCGAACAAGCAAUUUCCUGCGCAUAAGGCUAUACUCGCUACACACAGUAUUGUGUUUCGGAAGAUGUUUGAGAGUGACAUGGAAGAAGCAAAGAAAGAUAUGGUUGAUAUAACAGACGUGGAGGAUCCUACAUUGGUGGAGCUAAUGCUCAAGUUUUUGUACCUCGGGCCUAGCAAAGAUAUAAUGGACAGGGCUUUGGAAUUAAUAUAUCUAGCCGACAAGUACGACAUUGAAACGCUGAAGACUACCUGCUCAAAUGCUUUGUUGAAAGGUUUGACGGUAGAAAACUCGGUGGACACCGUCAUCCUUGCCAGUCGGCAUAGUUUAGAAGAGUUGAAAUCUCAGGCCAUUGACUUUAUUGUCGAGAAUCUGGAUAUAGUUAUGAAAAUUCCAAAAUAUAAAGAACUACUAACAUACCCUGACAUACUCAAUGAUAUCAUCCAUAAGAAUUUUAAUACAUAUUUGGAUCUGAGAGACAUUGCCUGCAAUGCUUUGGCUCAGAAAGUUAAUAAAAAACUUCCCUACAAAGAAUCUGUUCGUUAAAAGUGAUAUUCAAGAUUUUUCAAAUUAUAUCUUUAUAUUUUUACUACUUUGUUCUCUUGGCUCAAAGUUGCAUGCCAAAAACUACACUGUUUAUUAUUAUGUCAACAGGCAAUAAGCAUAUCUGAUUAUUUUGUAUUCUUCAUGCAGGUUGCAGUAUUGAGGUUAUAUUAUCACCAUGAAGUAACAUAAGGACUUCUCGCUUCAAUAUGAAAAAGUAAUUCCAUGUUUCGUUAACAAGUCAGGAAUACUAAAAUGACCCUUUUCACUUGUUUUUGUUGCAAAAUUGAAUACAGCAAAGUGCACCGAUUGGCUUGUAAUGUUUUCUGCGUCAUUUAUGAUGGCGAUCUCUAUUAUCAACCAAUUGACGACUAAUGUGUAUCCUUUAAACCAAUCGAAGCAUUUUUUUUUAAUGCUAUUUAGCAGCAAAGCACAAUUUUUACUCAACAUUUUUUCUGUCGCCCAUAAUAGCUAUUUGCUUUUCUACAGAUCAAAGCGUUUUGCUUGCAUUUAUGCAAAAUUGCAUGCAUUGAAGUUUGAUUCACACUCAUUAGAGUUUUAAAACUGCAUUUAUCGAUGCACUGUAAUUAGAGCGAUGGUAUACCAAGAAAAAGGUGAAUUUUCUUGACAGGAAAAGAAAUUUUGCUUUGUAAGUUACAUAAGUAUCGUAGACCGAUUCUUUCCAAAUGUUUUGAUAAAAAGAGUUGAACCAAAACAUAUUAUGUUGUUUUUCAUUUCGUUUCACGUAUAAAAAAAAAUAUACAUUGUAUGCUCAAGAAAUAAUACUUUAUAUGUCAUUUUUAUAUUUUGUAUUUUUAUAAGAAUAAAAUUAAAAAUCAGUUGAACAUU